AUGCAAGCAAUCCGCGUCCACCCCUCCCAACCCCCAUCACCACCUUACACCCCCUCCAACCCUGCCCCCUCAACAUCCCUCCACCUCGACAGGAUCCCCAUCCCCAAACCAACAAUCCCAGGCUCCCUCCUCAUCCGCAUUAAAGCCUCAACCAUCAUCCGCGAUAUGCUCACAUGGCCCGAGACCUACGCCCACCCCUACAUCAUCCCGGGCAACGACUUUGCCGGGACGGUCGUCGAGGUAGUUCCGGGUCCCGGCGGGGAGUCUGCGUUUCAAGUUGGCGACGAAGUCUUUGGCAUGGUCCAUGCAGAUCGGCCGUCAACUUGGGCGGAGUACGCAGUCGUCUUGGAGAGCGAGGUGGCGAGGAAGCCCGGGGCUGUGGGGUGGGAGGAAGCGGCGGCAUUGCCGCUGAGUGGGAUGACGGGAUUCGAGGCACUUUUCGAGCAUGGCGGGCUAGAUCUACCUGAUUGGGAGAAAUCUUCAAGUGUGGAGAGGGAAAUGAAAAAACCAGAGAGAGAAAAGGAGGUGUUGAUUACCGGUGCAGCCGGGGGCGUGGGCAUUUAUCUGGUGCAGUUAGCCGCUGCUGCUGCGGGGGUGCGGGUUACUGCUGCGAGUAGCUCGAAUGCCCGGAAUGCAGAGUUCCUGCGAGAGUUAGGUGCUCAUGAGGUGAUUGAGUAUUCGGCGUUUGACGGUCAGAGGGACCGAUUUGAUGUUAUUGUCGAUACGGUUGGUGGGGAGACGUUGGCGAGAUGUUGGGAGCUUGUUCGAGAGGGCGGGUCCCUGAUUUCGGUGGAUUCGGCAAGCUUCGAUUUUGUGGAGGAGCAUACAGCCCGUGGGAUUAGGAGGGAUGGGGUGAAGGCUUUGUUCUUUAUUGUGAAGGGGAGCAGUCGGGCGUUGAGGGUAUUAGGGGAGUUGGUGGACCAGGGAUUGUUGAAGGCCUUUGUGGCGGGGAGUUAUCCCAUUGAACGAGCAAGGGAGGCUUAUGACUUUGCGAAUGGCCGGUAUACGGGCAGGGGAAAGGUUGUACUGACUUUGUGA